CUUCAAUCUGAGGAAAAACCAUGAAUAUUAAGAUCGAAAGCACGAGAAUCGUGAAACCUUUGUAUGAAGGCAAUCCUCCAUUAACCACAAGCCAUGUUCCUCUUAGUGUGUUUGAUAAGGUCUCCUUUGAUACUCAUAUGGGUAUUAUUUAUGCCUAUCGCCCACCCACCCCUUCGAAUAGCACAAUCGAGUUAGGGCUUAAAAAAGCCCUUGCAGUAUAUAGGGAGUGGGCGGGGAGAUUGGGAAAAGACGAGAAGGGUAACUCCGUUAUUUUGCUGAAUGACAAAGGGGUGAAGUUUGUAGAGGCAUCAGGUGAUACCACUCUUGAUAACGUAAUGCCUUUCAAGCCAUGUGCCUCUUUACUCAACCUUCACCCUAGUCUCAUGGGGGUGGCGGAGUUGGUCCAAGUCCAAGUCACACGUUUCAAAUGCGGCUCUCUAGUGGUCGGAUUCACUAACCACCACCUUGUGGCGGAUGGCCACUCCACGAGCAAUUUCCUGGUUGCAUGGGGCAAAGCUUGUCGCGAGGUUAUGAUUCAGCCCUUACCACUAUGCGACCGCACCAUUUUCAUCCCGAGAAACCCACCUAGAAUCGAGUACGAUCACGUCGGGACGGAAUACAUGCCAAAGAAAAACGACCAUUUCCUCAACAAAGAUGAUGCAACAUUCUUGGAUGACAUAGUGGUUCACAAAGUCCACUUCACCUUAGAGUUUCUAACCAAGCUCAAGGCCAAGGCCUCUAUCAUGAACGGCGACGCUAGGCCAUACAGUACCUUCGAAAGCCUUGUGGCUCAUCUAUGGCGGGCCAUAACCAAGGCAAGAAACCUCGGAGACUACGAAACUACCCACAUAAGAAUCGCAGUUGAUGGUCGUGCUCGCCUUAACCCCAAAGUUCCCAACGAGUAUUUCGGCAACUUGGUUUUGUGGGCAUUUCCCACCACCAAGGUUAAAGACUUAUUGCGUCAGCCUCUUUCGUACACAGCUAUGCUCAUCCACGAUGCCGUUUCGAAGGUCAACAACAACUACUUCAGAUCGUUCUUAGAUUUUGCGAAUUCCAAGGUGAUCGUUGAGGAAGACGGUUUUGUUCCAACCGCUGACGUGGACAAGCUCAUUCUUUGCCCCAAUCUGGAGGUUGAUAGCUUGCUAAGGUUUCCAUUCUAUGACUUAGAUUUUGGAACUGGAUGUCCGUACAUUUUCAUGCCGACAUUUUUGCCGAUUGAAGGAUUGAUGUUUUUUCUUCCUUCCUUCACUGGAGAUGGAAGCAUUGACGCUUUUAUUGCUUUGUUCCAAGACAACUUGGCUACCUUCAAGCAGAUUUGCUAUUCUCUUGACUAAAGGCUUUCUUUAUCCCAACAAUACUUUCAUAAUUUUGGAAAAUAAUUUUUAAAAAUGACUCAUUUUUUAAAAAAUAAUUUAAUUUUCUAAUAUUUGUUUGAACGUCAGAAAUCUAUAUUUUUCUGUUUGGCUGAAAGUUAAAAACUACGUUUUUUCUGUUUGGUACAUUUUUCUUAAAAUGAACACAUUAUUUGUGGGCAAGGGGGAGUACGGUAAAUAUAUCUAUUUUUGUGGCUAUUAUUACCCUAGUUUUUUUCUUUCAUGAUUAAAUAUGGUUUUCCCACUUUAUUUUAUAUUAUGUAUAUCAGUGGUUAUUUAAUGAAAGAGGUUCUAGGUUUUCUGAGUUCAA